ACGUAUGAAUCAAAUGUUAAUCUCAAUGGAAAUGAUUGUAAUGGCGGACAAUCAGAGCCGACAGAUAGACAACAAUUGCGACAACGAGUGGAUCGAGUGAUGACUUAUAAAGUGGUCAACAAAAACACUGCAAACAAUGCGCCGAAGAUUGCGAUCACAACUCAAAGCCAAUCACAGGACAAAAAAGUGGUUUAUUUGGUCGUAAACUCUGGUAACCAAACGUCGGCACAAACCUCUGGAACUAGUGUUUUGAGACCGCAGUUAAGGCUGGUUGUGAUGCCCAAAGAACUGCACUGCGAUGUCAUUGGCUGUCAAUUCAAGUGCCGAUCGCAAGAUCUGCUGAAAAAACACCGCAAAGACCACAAAUGCGUUUCUCGACUGGAAGUGCUCACAGAUAGACAAAUGAUUGUCUCGAAGACGUCGACGCAAGACAUUAACGUUAUUCCCGGCGACAAAACGCCGAUAAAGCAAAACAGGAAAUCAUUUGAAUGCAAAUACAAUGACUGCGACUAUCGGACAGAAAGUUUGAGAAAUAUUCAAAAUCACCGCAAAACACACGACAAUCCGUAUCGACGGCAGCGAUUGCGAGGCCUUUGCUUCCAAUACUAUGAUUUGGCCACCAAUUCAUACAUUUGUGACGAAACCAAUUGUCAGAAGGCAUUCAAAUAUUACCACCUUUUAAGAACUCAUAAGACUAUUGUCCACACGAGUCAAUGCUUGAGUUUUUGCUGCGAUUUUCUCGACUGUAAUAAAGUGUUUAAAAAGAAAUCUUAUCUCAAACAUCACUAUAAGUCAGUCCACACCAAAGGCAUGCGAUGUCCGCACACGGGUUGCGGCCAACAGUUUAUCGAUGAUAGAACUUUACGUAACCAUAUGUUAAGACACGCAACUGAGCCAUCAAUUGUGAGCCAAUCCAUUAGUCCACUGGAAGUGUUGACAGACAGACAGAAGGAUGACUCAAAGGCAUCGAUACAAGACAUGAAUGAAGAGGUGAUUCCCGACGGCAAUGCACCACCGAUUCAACUAAAUUUGCAAUCAUUUAAACGUAAUUACAAGGACUGCAAUUCUCGGAGCGAAUCAUUGGUUAAUUUUCAAAAUGACCACAACGUGCACAACACGACCCGCUAUCAGGCGCUUUCCAGGAAACAGCGUCUGGAGCUUCAGCGUCGGUGCUAUGAUUUGGCCACCAAUUCAUACAUCUGUGACCAAACCGACUGUCAUAAGAGGUUCAAGAGUUACACACUUAUGUCCGUUCAUAAGACUCGUAUCCACACGAGUCAAGCCGUUCGCUGCGAUUACGCCGACUGUAACAAAGUGUUUAGAAACAAAUCUUAUCUCAGAGAUCAUUGCAAGAUAUGCCACACCAAUGAUAAGCCCAUACACUGUCCGCACGAAGGGUGCGGCAAAACGUAUGUCAAUAAUAGCGCUUUAAGGGCACACAUGUUUAGCCAUACAACUGAGCGGCCAUUUGUGUGCGAUUUCAUUGGCUGCCAGAAGAGCUUUAAGGAUAAGCCAAGUUUUACGGGUCACCAACGGAUCCACUCAAAGGAACCCACUUUUCGGUGCACUUUUGACGGCUGUGAGCGACGGUUUCAGACGGCAAACCUAAUGAAUAAGCAUCGGGUGGCCGAUCACCAGAAGCCCCGUUACGUACAGAAGAAAAAACUGGUGACCUGUCAGUGGCCGGGCUGUGACUAUAGCGCCACUCGUACUGAUGUGAUGACAAGUCACCAACGCGUCCACACGGGUGAGCGGCCCUAUGUCUGCGAUUGGCCCGAAUGUGGCAAACGGUUCGCCCGAACGAACGCUUUGAAUGACCACAAGAAUGUCCACAACAAUGUGAAGCCAUACGCCUGUCAUUGGCCCGGAUGUGAGUACCGGAGCGGCAACACUGCAAAUAUGGCUAAACAUAAUAGACAAGUGCAUAAAAAUAAUUGUGACAUUACAAUCCCU